AUGAGGCCCUGGAGAAUAGGACCGACUCGGUCAGUUCAAGCGAGCCUACCGUUUUCCGUACAGUUUCCGAGUAAUACGGAUGACUUAACUGACAUUGCUAUUCCACUUCCAUACAGGCUUGAAAACAGAGCACGAUUCGAAGAUCGUGACCGUUCGGAGAUGAGUAAUCACGGGGAACUGAUGUAUAUAAAUCAGAACUUUACCAGUCUGCAUGAUCGACAACAUCCUUCGCAGUUUUUCAAAACGAACCACAGAUCAUAUGUAAAGAGCCAGGAAGAAUCAAUUUAUGAGGAUAUUCUUGCACAAGAGAAACAAUCGCUUCUCUCGCGCAACAUAAUACCGUCAUAUGAGGAUUUCGAUGACCCAUGGGUUGCUCGACACGUGCCCAGAGCAUUGCCACUACCUCCUCGACAUUCCAAAAAUGAAGAAAUGGGGACAAGUAAAUCAAUCCCUGGUACGAAUGGACUUUUUAGUCGAAACGGCCUGAAAUACUGCCGCUUUACCGUUCUUUUUCCCGAGACCAAUUUCUAG